CAUAAACGGUGAAGUAAAUGGCUUUGAGUCUACCUCCUGAGUUCUCAAGAUCCCACACACCUCUUGCGGAUAUAGAAGGUCACCACCGGAAGAAGGUCAUAAAAGUUACAUUCAAGAUGGCGACCCCCUUGUGCCAGUGUUAUCAGAUAUGUGUAAGAAGAGGCUUGGUGGCAUUCCCUUCCUCUUACCUGCUUCUUCACAACAGACCCAAUGUCCACAGGAUACGUGGGUUCCUCGCAUGCUCUUCACAGGUGCCUCACUCCCGUCCUCUGCAGGUAAGGUAUUUGUCAGGAGAGAGAGGCAGUGGCAGAAAAGGUUUCCUGGGUGAGUUUAUUGACAACUUGAAGCAGGAGUUAAAUAAGAACAAAGAAAUGAAAGAAAACAUAAAGAAGUUCCGAGAAGAGGCCAAAAAACUGGAGGAGUCAGACGCAUUGAAACAAGCCAGAAGGAAAUAUAAAACUAUAGAGUCUGAAACAGCGAAGACCUCUGAGGUUCUCAGGAAGAAGUUGGAAAACAUCUCUGAAACAGUUAAAGAGGGGAUAGAGGAGGUCAGUCGUACAGAAAUUGGAAAGAAAAUCAAGGAGGGAAUGGAGGAAGCAGCCAAAACAGCUAAGACUUCAGCUGAGAACGUCUCUAAGAGUGGAGAGAUGUUGGGGAAGACCGGUGCAUUCAAAGCAAUAUCACAGGGCAUGGAGAGUGUGAAGAAAGAGAUUGGUGACCUGGGUUAUACUGGGCCUUAUCGACCUCCUGCCAGACUCAGGAAGAGGAGUGAGUUCUCUUCCAAGGGGGCAGGGGAUGAUAACAAGGUCUUCGAAGCCAACGAGGAAGCUAUGGGUGUGGUGCUACACAAAGACUCAAAAUGGUACCAGCAGUGGAAGGACUUCAAAGACAACAAUGUGGUCUUCAACAGGUUCUUUGAGAUGAAGAUGAAGUAUGAUGAGAGUGACAACGCCUUCAUCAGAGCAUCUCGUGCUGUCACCGACAAGAUGACUGACCUCAUAGGUGGGCUGUUUUCUAAGACAGAGAUGUCUGAAGUGCUGACUGAGAUUUUGAAGGUGGACCCAUCCUUUGACAAAGAUUCUUUCCUCAAGCAGUGUGAACGAGAUAUCAUCCCCAAUAUACUGGAGGCCAUGAUCAGGGGGGAGCUGGAAGUAUUGAAGGACUGGUGUUAUGAAGCGACAUACAGCCAGCUGGCACACCCAAUCCAGCAAGCCAAGGCCAUGGGACUUCAGUUCCAUUCUAAGAUCCUGGACAUUGACAACAUUGAUAUGGCCAUGGGGAAGAUGAUGGAACAGGGUCCAGUGCUGAUUAUCACCUUCCAGGCUCAGUUGGUCAUGGUGAUCCGAAACACCAAAGGAGAGGUGGUGGAGGGAGACCCUGAAAAAGUGCUCAGGAUGAUGUACGUGUGGGCUCUGUGUCGAGACCAGGAGGAACUCAACCCAUAUGCUGCCUGGAGACUACUUGACAUCUCUGCUUCUAGCACUGAACAGAUCCUCUAAGACUGUUUGAUAUGCACAUAACACUCUUCAGCCUGGGAGAGAACAUCCAGUUCCUGAAGAGGUCCACUGGAGCUGGCUAGGAAGAAGAAGGACUGGAGGAAGGCACGUUGAGAUGAUGGGACUGGCAAGUGGGACAUGGGCUCACUUCACAACACAAUCAUUGUGGAGCAGUGUUGCUAAACGCUAGGUGCUUCACGUUGUUUUUUUACUUCACUGGCUUUGGAUCCAGUCACUGCAAUCUCUGUUUUUUUCCCGUGAAGUCCUGACAAUUGUUUCAAACCAUUCCCCUGGCUCACACUAGGGGGCAGUAGAUCACCAACAACUCUCAUCCAUUGUAGUGUCUGCAGUGCCUUAAAGGCUGUCCAUGUACUGUAUGUUGACAUUUAAGGGAUAAAUUAAGUUUUUUAAACACGGUACAGCUCUCAUGAAUUGGGGAAAAGAUGUGGAAGUCAAGGGAGGUGAUUUGUAAUCCAAGUCCUUGACCAUCAAUUCGAUGUUGGUAUCUCAACAAUCUGCGACCUCUCUGCCGCCUUCCUCUGUCCCAUGAGGCCCUCAUGCUCACUCUCUUCCUCUCUGAGGUGUAGACAUCCUGGUGGUUGGUGGUUUUGUGGCCAAUCAGAGGGCUCCUAGAUCUUAAUUGUAUGAUAAUCAUCCAGUGUAAUUGUUAAACCUGUGAGAAAGUAUAUAUUUAUUAUGAAAAAUAAAGAUGACCCCUGUUUUUCACCCUA